GCUUCACACAAAAUCACCCCUAAAUUCUUAGGUAAUUAGAAAUUCAGCACUCUCAUCUGGCCGGCGACGACAACCUAGUUGCCGGAAAGCAGAUUUUCCCGGUGGCGUUCUGUUCUUCAAUUUCACAUAUGCAAUGUCCGUGCUCCAGUUUACCACCGUCACCUUGUGCCUGGCAAUUGGUAACAAAAAUUGUUUUUCUUUCUGUAAUCUUCCACUUCAACAACCACACAAACAGCGAUUGAGAUCGAGGAGAACUAUCGAAGGUUAAAAUCAAAAUCAAAUUUCUAUUAGUGUUAUUAUGGCGUUCUUACUUAAUUUCGAUCGAUUACUGUGACCUUGGAAGCUGAUCAGUGUUACUCAAAGUCUAAUUCCCUGAUUUUGAGCUUCUUCGACCGAUUUCUCUGUAAAUUGUGUCGUUUAGUAUAACCGUAAAUUCACAGCUGUGUCAAAUUUCUUUCGGAGCUGUGCGAGAGUUCGUGUGUGUGUGUAGGUUAAGAAUUAAGAUUAAUACUAGUAAAAGGGAAAGUACAGUUUUGGUAGACAUGCCUGUGAUGAAGGUUCAACCAAUUGAUUCUAUUACAUCAUCGAUCCGUGCUGAUUCUACUAGGCCAUUGUCGAAAUCUCGACUCAAGAGGUUCUUCGAUCGACCUUUCACCAGCUCUCUGCGAAGCUCGUCCGCGUCGGAGAAGCCUGCCGUACCGGCCGGAGCUGGAGUUGCAGUACCGUGCGGCAAAGAUGGAGUUUCUUCAGCAGCUGUUGAAUUUGAACCGAGCUCGGUUUCCUUGGAUAAGAUGGUUCAGAGUUUUAUAGAGGAAAGCAAUGAAAAGCAGCAGCCGUCUAAAAUCGGCCGUAACCGCUGCAAUUGCUUCAACCGCAACGGUAGCGACAGCUCCGAUGACGAGUUCGAUCUCCCUAGCUCUGGAUUCGCUGAUUAUCUGGCCAAUUCUUCAUCUUUCGGCGACUCAUCUGAUACAAUCAAGAACUUGAUUUCCUGUGAGAGUGUUGCGGAGAGAAAUCUGUUAGCCGACACCGCCAAAAUCAUCGACAAGAACAAAUCCUGUAAACGCAAAGACGAUCUCCGGAAAAUCGUCACAGAUGACCUCUUAUCUCUCGGUUACGAUGCUUCCAUCUUCAAAUCAAAAUGGGAAAGAAGUUCAUCGAUUCCUGCUGGAGAAUACGAGUGCGUUGAUGUGAUUGUGGAAGGAGCAAGAGUCUUCAUUGAUGUUGAUUUCCGAUCGGAAUUCGAGAUUGCAAGAUCAACCGGAAGCUAUAACGCCGUUCUUCAGUUGCUGCCGCUCAUCUUCGUCGGGAAAGGCGACCGGCUUCUGCAAAUCGUGUCGAUCAUGUCGGAGGCUGCGAGACAGAGCUUGAAGAAGAAAGGUAUGCAUAUCCCUCCCUGGCGCAAAGCCGAGUACAUGAAAGCCAAGUGGCUUAGCACUUAUAACCGAACCUACCCUCCGCCGCCACCGCCGCCGAAGGAGAAGGCGGAAGCUGAAUCCGAGCCCAAGCCUGUGGGUGAAGCAGAAGCUUUGAACGAGGGAGGAGAGCUAGACCUGAUUUUUGGAGAGAAGACAGCGUCUUUAGAAGAUGAAAACCACGAGAUCCCGCAGGCAAUUCCGCCGUCGCCGGAUGUACUUUCAGGCAAGGGAGAGAAGGCAUCUCAGUCGCCUAAGCAGGCCGCGUUGAUGAUCUGGCAGCCUCCGGAUAUAAAGCCGAAAAGUUGCGACAGAAGCAACAGGGUGAUGGUCACCGGAUUGGCUUCCCUUCUCAAAGAAAAACCCUGAAACCCAAAAAAAAGUUUUGAUCUUUUAAUUUUGUUUAAAAAAAUCAUCGAGUAUUCCUAACAUUUUCCAAACUCUUUUUAAUGAAGUAAAUACAUAAAAACGUAAUUAAAAAAAUGUAGAGCCUUGACAAGCUCAAUUAGUCCGCUAAUCGGAAUUUUAAUUUCUUUUUUUCUUCCAUUUCCGCCCUUUCUUUUUCUUUUGUUUGCAAGGGUGCCCUGUAACUUUGUAUUAGUAAAAGUUGUAAGAGGCAAAAUUAUAGAGAAAUGGGUUUGCUACAAUAACAUUUUUAAAUAACAAUAUAAAAAAUAAAUAAA